CCUUUUUAUCAUAUAUAUUUCCAUCAAUAUUUCGGAUAAACAUAAUUUGGUAUUGUUAUCAGAUGUGUAUAAAAAUAUAAAGCAUUUGGUGUUACAUCCGUAAAGAAGAAGUUAAUUUUUUCCAAGAAGUCGGAACUUUGAAGUAUCAUUUCAGGAACUUUUAUUUUUUGAUAAUGGAAAGAUUUGCAGCAGUUGAAUAUAGACAAAAACGUACGCGCAAAAGGCCCAUUCGAAAAUGGAGCGAACAGGAACAACGGGAGCUAAUAGAGUUUCUGCGUAACAACUUGCCGAUUGAGAAACCCACUGCACAGUUGUAUUACCAGCGCUUCUAUCAGCAUUCAAAUAUAGCAAUUGAGUGGAGGCUAGUGCGCAGCAAAGUGCGAAAUUUGCGUGUUUUAUACACAAAAACGAAGUAUUGGCAAAGCUCAUCUGAAGCAAUGUUGUUGAGUGAGGAAAGAAGACGCGCUCUGGUUAUGAGAAUGUGCAACUUUUUCGAUGAUUUUGAGGAGAUAUCAAAACAAAAGCACGGAAUUCCAAUGCAUUUGAAUGAAGUUUCCGGUUUCUGUUCACCCAAGUUAUCAGACUUGUCUUCACCGGCUGAAAUAAGUAUUUCUAAAGAAAAGAUUAUAUGUACCCGUGAUACUUUAAGUUCUAGUAUUGGUGAUAGUGACAUCGAUCAAGUUGAGAGCAAAGGAGCAUCUAAUUUUAUUGGUACGACAAUAAAAGUAGAAAAUUUGGAAGAGGACCUUAGUUUACCUGAUCAGACAAAUAAAUACCUGCAUAAUUUUAACAAUACGUCAGAUUCUUCAUUGGGCGAUACGACUCACAAACAGGCAUAUACGGAAACGUAUAAAUCCAUCGUGCCUGAAAAUACCAAUAUUGAGGAAUUACAAAGCAGUAACAGGACUUUGAGCUACUGCGAAUUGGAUGAAUCAUACACCAGCAGAUUAGAUAUUGCUGACGAUCGUGAUUUCAAAGAGAGAAAGUUAGCACUGAAAAUUGAGAAAUUCAAAUUUGAAAAAGAAAAAUUUAUGAAGCAACAUGAGCUCCGAAAGUGGGAACUAGAGAGCCAGGAAAGAAUAAGAAUGCUAGAACUUGAAAUGCGCGAACGAAUCGCCAUGCGAAAACUACAUAUUAAAGAGAGAGUUGGAAUUUUUGAAAUACAGCGUAAAUAGAUUAAUGUUAUUAUAAUUACAACUCAAUGCACUGAAAUACAAUUUAGGCAUA